ACCGCCAUUUCCUUGUUGGCAAAUGAAGCGCCAUCUUAGAGCGAAAUAGGAGAAAAAAACGAUAAAGGCCUUCAGCGUGAAAAAAGACAAAAGUGUGACUUUCUCAACUGAAAUGGAAGAAAAAGAAAUGAAAAGAAGAACAAUGAAAAGAAAAGCCUCAGUCAUAAACGAUGUGCCAAUUAAAAGGUGCUGCCCAUGGAACGGUUGUGUUACAAAAUGGAAGAAGCCUCCAAAUUUGGGAUCAACAACUUUGCUGAUGUUGAUCAUCGGUCAUCAUCGUUCCUACAUGAAAGAGGCUUCAGGCUUAUACCAGUUUAUCAACACGUGUGUGCCAGAUUCAUUACUGGCUUUAUUUCAUAUACUUUUUAUUAAACAUUUACAUAUAAGAGCUCUACUAGUAUCCAAUUACUUUUUUAAAGUUCUAAUGGAUACUUUAAAUGAGGGAAAGUACACUUAUGCUAGAGCUCUUUGGAUUAAACAGCUGGAUGAUUCUUACAAACGCGAUCGUUACAGCACUAUAAAACAACAUUUCCCAAUUAUUGAUAAACUGGUAUGUGCUAAAGUUGAUUAUCAUCAGGAAACCCCUGAGGACCAUCCCAUAUAUAAAAAAACACUGGGAAAAUUUCGUCCAUUUGGUGACCUGAGAGCUUUGGGUGAUAAAGAAGAUCCAUCGAUUAUUCUGGUGCAUCGAGAUGUUCACAACCCUCGCUAUGAUCCUUGUCUGCGUUAUAAUCUACCAGUGGCUGUUGCAGAUGACAACAAAAGGUAUCUUUACAAAUUUAUCAAAAAGAAUAUAAUACUGUUAAUGUGGGGGCUUUUAACAAAGCUGUAUGGUAUUGUAAAUUGUAAAAAUAUCAUUGGAUAAUAACAUUGUGACAGAAAAAGAGAAAAUACUUUUCAUAUGAAUGUAUACAAUGAAUGUUAACAUUUAUUUGGGUAAAGUUUUUUUUUCCACAGAUUUAUUUUACUAGACAAUGUUACAUGUGGUACAAAACAGCAAUUGUUGAAUAUGUUAUAUUUACUGAGUCAUGUAUUUAUUGUCAUUGUACUGAUUACACACCUGACACUUGAGGAAACAGAAAGCUAACACAGACAUGUCACAACAGGAAGUGUACAUGUAAUCUUUUAUAAAAAAAAAAAAAAAAGUGUUUAUUUUUUGUCUUGUAUUUGUCUACAUGUCUACUGAUUCACUUUUUGUCAUUUUAGACCAAAAGCAUCAGAUAUUGCUGUUUAAAUUUACUGUUUAUGUGCAGUUUUCAGGAAGAGCAAUAAAGUUCAGCAUUACUCCAAGCACAUUCAAAUGAAUACAUUUACAUUUGUGGCAUUUAGCAGACACCAUUAUCCAGAGCGACGUAUGUACACCGGUACGCAAGAUUACAAACUUAAUAUAAAUCCUACAAAGCAAACAUGGAAAGUGCUAAUUUAAGCUUGAAGAUAGCCAGUGACGCCGCUGUACGGACAUCUAGGGUAAGUUCGUUCCUCCACCUCGGUGACAGAACAGAGAAGAGCCUUGAAGUUUACUUUCCUCUCAUUCUGAGAGAAGGUGGUACCAGUCGAGCAGUGCUGGAGGAUCUCAGACAGCGUGGUGCAGUGCGAGAU